UGUGACGUCACGUUUCUGCGACGGGCCUCAGUAAACAGUAUCGCUGUGCGAGAUUUAAAAUGGGAGACGAAUAUAUAGAGCAAUGUUUACAUCUUUUAUGGAUACGAUGAUAUUGUCCCGGGUAAUUUUACUCUCUACUAUAUAAUUAUUUGACGUAAACUGGGUUUUGAGGAAGGAACGAAGAGUGUCUGUUGCUAAUGCUAGCGUAGCGUGCGGACACUGUUGUUUUUGUCAUUGACGUCAAGCCAAUGGAACAAACGUAAGUGUUGUUAACCCGACUCUCACCUUCACUAUUCUGAUGCCUGUUUUAGUGGUCGUGUUAACAGAGCUGCUCUAAACAAACCAACUAAAGUUCAGCUAUGACUACCAGGCGGACAAGCUUAAGCUACUCCAGCAGCAUGAAUUUAACUAGUGGAAACCGCAAGCAGAGUAUGAACCCUAUUCCUGACAGGACUGGACCAGAAUCCUGCUACGAUCGCAAGCCAGACAAGGCUGAGUAUGUCAGCAUGAGUAUCACAUCGCUUAAAUCCCGCCUCGCCCCCACCAUUCAAACUGCCAUGUCGACUGCUGUUGAUACUCUCCUGGGUGAAGUGGUGCUAGUGCUCAACGAGACCCAUCAAGAGUUGUUGCACAAAGAACAAGAGAACGAGAGACUCAAACUGCGCCUGGAGGUGUCCGAAAGGGAGUUAAAGACUUUACAGGAGUGUCUCUGCAGCGCUCAGAAGCUGAUCGACCAGCUACAGAUCUCAUACACCGGCACUCCGAACAUCGGUCAGUCAGUUUUUGUAGCAUCGCUCGACCGAGACCAUCAAAACCCUCGUAAUGUGAAUGGAGCCGGUGUUGACCUGGGUCUAAGUGGUUCUGUGGACGAGGCACUUCAUGGGUUUGAGCCUAGGGAUGAAUACAAAAUAUGCCAGCUGUCUAUUCAACCAGAUGGUUCUGUCACCAACCAUGUUCUGGGCUCUUUUACAACAGACAUGUGCACCGACACUAACACACCAGAUGACAGGCAGCCUCAGGGACCGGAGGAGAGUACCAGCUUUGAAAUAAAAGUCGAGCAGGGACCAGUUUCAAGCUCCAGUCAGACCAACAGGAAGGACCUGCAGAAUGACAACAGAGUGGGCGAUGGAGAGCAGUCGUCUCACACCGUGAGCUUCAUUCAAGUUGGAGAGGAGGGACCAUCCCAGCAUUCCUUCUCUCACUCCAUGCGUCAUCAAAGGCCCAUUCGAGAAUGCACCAGCGUCAUGCAGCAGGGUGUGUUGGAUGGACAAAAGCCACUGGCGAGGACUUCUGGACCCAACAGAGGUGACAGUGUUUCUCAGGGGAGACCUGGAAACUCUGCCGGACCCUCUAGUGUGGACACUGCAGUUGAUCCCGCUAGCGAUCGUCCACAUCAUUGCUUAGAAUGUGGGAAGACAUUCCGUCUGAUAUCCAGCCUGAAGAAGCACAUCCGCAUCCACACGGGAGAGAAGCCCUACCCUUGCAGCGUCUGUGGCCGCCGAUUCCGCGAGUCUGGCGCCCUCAAGACUCACCUGCGUAUACACACUGGGGAGAAACCGUACUCGUGCUCAGAGUGCGGCAACUGCUUCCGCCACUUGGACGGUCUGCGCAAGCACAGGCGCACGCACACCGGAGAGAAACCUUACGUCUGCUCCAUAUGCGGGAAACGUCUGAGCCGCUUGCAGCACCUCAAGCACCACCAGCUCAUCCACACAGGCGAGAGGCCGUGCUGCUGCCCCUUCUGCAACCGCGCCUUCAAGGAGCCCGCCGCGCUGCGCAAGCACAUAAGGACACACCGCGGAGAGGGCGGACACUUGCCGGUCACAGCCAGCGAAGAACGGGAUACAAUUGAUGACAUUAACAACCUGCAUCCGGCAGCUCCUUCACCCCAGAUGAGGUUUGGUGAGUGGGUGCCGGAGGAGGAAGACAACUCAGUUGUUGACUGUGUCUAGAAAGGUAAACACUGGAUUAUGGGAGAAAUUUGCAGUGGUGUGUCCCAAUCAUCUGUGUUUAAAUGAGAAAUGCUUAUUGUUGGAUUGACAGCUUCAUUUUGGCUGUCAGAAUGCUAGGAUCUAUUUUAAAAAGCACUAACAAAUGAGAAAAAAUAUUAAUAGAAAUUUGCUGGCCCAGGCACAGCGAUGCUAUACUAGCCAAUAAGAAGACUGAAGAAAGUCAUUAAGGACGAGGCAUAAUAUUAAUAUCAGUGAAUCAGAGAAAAGGGCAAUUUUGUCUUGGAAAGUCAGCAAAUUGGUACAAAAAAUGUUUUUUUUUAAGUACCUAAUUUUGUAUUGUCAUUUUUUUUUUUUCUGUUGAGGUAUUUUCCUGCUUAACAUUCUUAGACACUUUUAACUUCCUGCCACCGUUGUAGAAAACACGUGUUAGAAGUUGGUCAGCUUUUUAACAAUGUUGACUAAAAAGUUGAGAACAUUGACAAUUCUGAAAGUGCCUUGACUGUUUAAUUUGAUCAAUACUGUAGUUACCUGGAAUCCCUGAAAUGUUUUGCUAUUCUUUAUUACAAUCAUAACGCGUUUGAUGGGUAUUUGUCACCAUAAUCAAUCGAAAUGAAACUAAGAAAAGGGAGAAAUUACAAAGCGUUGAAUAAUUUUGAUCUUAAAGCACCAAAUAAGGUGAAUCUCUGUUUCUGUGGGAGGCGGUGUGGCUGGGUUGAUAUACCGGCCGUGUCAGCAACUUGGUGGUUGCAGGUUCGAUUCCCGCUUCUGCCAUCCAAGUCAGUGUGGAUGUGUCCUUUGGCAAGACACUUUACCCAUCUGCUCCCAAUGCCACUCACACUAGUUAAGUUGUAGAUAAUGGCUUCCACUAUGUAAAGCACUUUGAGUCUCUAGAGAAAAAAUACUAUAUAAAUGUAAUUCACUUCACUGUUAACUAUUUGGCUCAUUCACUAGAGGUACACGUUUCAUAUUCGUUUUUGCACACCUUUUCAUUAAACAAACCGUGUGGAGUUUGCAUGUUCCCCCAGUGACUGCGUGACUUCUCUCCGGGUACUCCGGCUUCCUCCCACCUCCAAAGAAAUGCACCUGGCAUGAGUGUGUAAUUGGUUGUCCGUCUAUCUGUGUUGGCCCUGCGAUGGGGUGACCCUGAGAGGGAUAAGGGGUACAAAUGGAUGGAUGGAAUUCUAUUUACCAACUACUCAUUCUGUUUGCGGGUCAUAUGUAGUGACUUUUUUAAUCCAACAGAUGGCGCCUUUAUGAAACAGUCAGCUAGUGUCAGUGCAGUGUCAAUACGGCCAGUAAGUGUGCCACACACUCACACAAGUGUCACUUAUUCAUCACUAACAAAUACCAUAAUUAGAGGCUAAAUACACACAACACAAACUUUUGUAUCAUAUUUCCCUUGAAAUGCAAACUCACAUUCCAAGUUGUUAUGGCUAUGCACUUGUGUUCACUGCAUGAGUUUUCACAGAACUUUUAUAAUUUUAAUAACGGUUUAGCUCUCUAGUAUGGAUUUUUUUGUAAUUGAUGAAGUCCUUAGUCCAUCUAUUUCCUGACAAGUUUCACUUUCAAGUUUUACUUUUUUGUUGUUUCUACCAACCCAUUGAAACUGCCUAAAAGCUAAAAUGAUCCAGUACAAAAAUGAGGCUUCAUAAAGCUAGUAAUGAUCAAAUUGACCAACAAAGGAAAAUGCCACCAAGUGUAUUUUGAUGCUCUUAUAUGUUUGUAAAUAUGACUGUCAUUAUUUCAUUCUGUCUAAUGACAUUGCAUUUGUUGUUCAUAGUAUUGAAAAUAUAAAUACACUAACUCAUAGUUUAAGUAUACACUUAACUUUUUCCCAAAUACUCCAUAUAGUCUCUGAAAAAAAUAAUGUGUGUCUUUUUUCCUGUAUGCUUAAUUGUGCUCUAAUGAGCUACUGCUAUCAAAAAUAUACUCCAAAUGUAAAUUAUGUUGUUGUAAAGCCACAGAAUGGCCUGUCAAGGUAGAGUUCUCCCCUGAUUAUACUGUACUUCUACCUUGUAUGAUCGUAAAUAAGGCAUUUGAAUGAAGCUUUAGGCAAAAAAAAAAAACUAGAAGUCUGUGUUUAUUGUGAAAUUACCUUUCUAUGCUUCUGUGCUCAAAAUGUAGUGUAUCCCUACCCCCUCCCAACAUGUGCAUUAAGUCGACUGUAAAUGUUUCUAAAUUAAAAGGCCUUAUUCA